UAGUGCUAGUUAGACCUGUAAAUAAUCUUGAAUUAAACUAUUUGCUGAGAGUCUGCUCUAAAUGAACAGCUGUGUUACUUCCGGCCGGUUGCCUAGAUGGUAGUUUGGUGACCGAACAUGCUCCAUUGCCUAAGUUAGUGCAUAGUUUUUAAGAUAAAAGUGUUUAAUUUUUAGUGCGAGUUCUCGAAUUUGAGUGUGUAAGAUUUGUUCUCUUUAUAGUAUUUGUUUUUGAUCCACUUCACUCGGGAUUUCAAAAAACUACAAUCAGCUGUUGCUUAAAUAGGCAGCCAUGGACAAUUCCAGAGACAAAAAAAGAUUACAAAUAAUUUGACCAACAUUUAAGAAAGAUGAAGCCCUUUAGAUUCUCAUGUCUAGACUUCUCCUUCCAAUGUGUAGAGUUCUUGUUCCAAGCAAUGUUGUGGUCUCCAAUGUUUUCGAAUGCUUUUGAAGAUUGCGUAUUUCUUUGACUUUUAACAAUAUUGUGCUUCUUUGCUUAAAGGUACUCUCUGUUUUAUAUAAUUGUGUAAGUUUAGGAGCCAAUAAUUUGGCACCUUGUCCAUAUGCCUGCCUUUUGAGGUUGUCUGAUUCGUCGCUUUAGGAGGUGACUAUCCCCUUUUCAUAUACGUGUUGUCGCCCUUGAUUGACUGCCUUGGUCAGUCUGCAUUCACAAAAGGAUGUGAAAGUCUUUUUAAUAUUAACUGUAGCUUUUAUGGUACACAAGCUGCAUAAUGACUGGAGCUGAAUAGGGAUGAUUGACAAAGCAGAGUCUAACGGAGCCUGUGAAUGUAGAACCAAAGUCCUAACUCGGUUUGGUCAUUUUCUAUAUACAGUACAAGUAGUAAUAUGAUUUUUCACGAUCACAUAAUUUACCAGUAAAUCACUAGUUUGUAUAGUAUUUCGUGACUAAAAAAGUCACUAAUUUGUACAUUGUUGCUUCUGCAAUGCCAGAUACGAGCAUUGGCUUUAUCUACUGCUUUAUGUAGCUAGAAGGUUCUCUCUCUCUAAUUGUUAAGUGAGCUCAGCCUCAAGCCAAUUUUUAUCACACAUUCCGAGGAACCCACAAGUACUACACAUUUAUCCAAACUUCCCAAACAUGCAAAUUUAUUUGUUCUUUGCUUUAUCUUAACUGGAGGGUCGGGACACUUGAGAGCAUCAACAAUUCUGAUGAGCUUGCAUAAUGCAGAAGUUUGGAUAUACGGGAAAGACUAUGAUUCAGACAUUCGAAGCUAUCAAGGGUGGUGGAGGAUCCGUUAAAGUAGGAACCACCGGAACAAUCAGUGCUCUCAUGUCUAAGGAAUUAGAAUCCGGGAAAUUUGCAUUUCAGAUUCCAGUGUCGUUUGGAAAUGAUUCUCCUCCAGUUUCUUCCUCUGGAUGCUCCGGUGACAGCAUUCCGAGAAGGCCAAAAUCUACAAUGUCAGUGGGUGAAGCAAGCAGCAGCGACCAAAAUCAUGAAUCCCCUGAAGUCACAAGGAAAAAGCACACUGGAAAAACUCAUCGAAUUCCUAUUCUCAAGGCUGAUAAUGUACCCAUGGAUGGAACUCCUAUAAGGCAAAAACCAGUCAAAAAGGGGUCUGGCAUGGUCGAAAUCGUGGACAUAACAUGUGGCAAUCCGGACAGUACGUGGGCAAACCCGAUACGAAAUCGUUUAAAGAAGCUUGGUUUCUCGAAAUUAUCUGAGAGCACUGUCUAAUAAUGCCAACUUUCAAGAUCAGCCAAUUGAAUCCAGGAAAUGUGAUUGGCCCGAUUGCUCGCUGCAACCUCCACAAUAUAACACGUGCUCGGUUCUUAAGAACAACCAUCAAUCCAAGCUUAAGUUUUGCACUGUCAUCUGUAGAAGCCAGGUCUGAAAGUUGCUGCUGAUAAGGCGUGUGUCUGUGAGAGCAACUUCGAUAGCAUAAUUCUAGCCUGCUAAAGUAGUCCAUUUCUUGAAUAUGGAGAUCCAACAAUGCCUAUAUCAACAGGAUAAAUUUUCAAGCCUUUUGCCCGAAAAUUGUCGAGCUAACUCUUUUGAAUUUGUGCUAAAUAUGGGGAAAGAAAUACUAGUAUGUAAAAGAAAAUAUUUCUAAUUUUCCAAAAUAAGUGCUUUUCUAUUUA